AUGAGCGCUGCUUCCAAGAUGACCAUGGUUUGUAGGCCGUCUACUCGUGUAUCGUCAAUGUUAUUCAUGAGACCUUUUGUUGCUAAUAACUACAACACUUUGCAACCGUUAAUAUCAUUCAAUAGGUAUACGAAAUCAAGAUUGUAUUAUUCCACUAAAUCAUCAACUGACAAAUCUACAGUUAAGAAGAACGAUAAAGCUAAAGUUAAAGAACCUUUAAUGGUUAGAAUCAAACAUGAAGUGAACCAUUACGUGAAUGGGACGAAAUUGUUAGGUUAUGAGAUUAAGAUAUCUACGAAACUAUUAGUUAAAUUAGUACAAGGUUAUGAAUUAUCAAGACGUGAAUCUAAUCAAUUAAGAAGAACCAUGGGUGAUGUAUUCCGUUUAGUUCCAUUUUCUGCGUUUGUUAUUGUUCCAUUUGCAGAAUUAUUAUUACCUAUCGCAUUAAAGAUUUUCCCAAAUUUAUUGCCAUCAACCUAUGAAUCUGGUUCACAAAAGGAACAAAAACGUCAUAAAUUAAUUGAAAUUAGACAAAAGACUUCAAAUUUGAUCCAUGAUACUUUGGAAGAGAGUCAAUUAGUUGCAUAUAAUUCCAUUGAUUCCUCUGAGAAUAAACGUGCUUUUUAUGAUUUUUUCAAGAAAAUAUAUGAUAAUGACUCUAAGGAGAUUUAUUUCACUCAUGAUGAGAUUAAGACUGUUGCAUGUCUAUUUAAGAAUGAUACGGUGUUAGAUAAUUUAUCUAGACCACAACUAAUGGCCAUGGCGAAGUUUAUGUCGUUAAGACCGUUUGGUAGUGAUAAUAUUCUAAGAUAUCAAAUUCGUUAUCAAUUGAAAAACAUUAUUAAUGAUGAUAAAGUGAUUGAUUAUGAAGGGAUCUCCAGUUUAACUCAAGAAGAAUUGUAUCAAGCGUGUGUCUCACGUGGGUUGAAAGCAUAUGGUGUUCCACCUGAGGAAUUAAAGGAUAGUUUACGUAUUUGGUUAGAAUUAAGACUUAGAGAGAAGAUUCCAAGUGUUUUGAUGGUAUUAAGUUCCACAUUUACAUUUGGUGGUUUAGGUGAUGGUAAACUUGUUGAAGGUUCUCAUUUAAGAGUGAAGAAUGAAAGAGAUAAUAGCAAUUCGUUGAAGAAUUCUAAGUAUGAGAAUCUUUUAGAUUUAUAUUAUGAUGGUAUCUUACAUGUGCUAAGUUCAAUUCCUGAUCCUGUAUAUAAUGUUGCUAAAUUAGAUGUUGCCGAGGCAAAGAAUGUUGAACAACCGGAAUUGAAACUUGCUGAACAAAUGAAGAAGAUUGAACAAGAGAAAAUCAUCAUGGCAGAGAAGAAAGAAAGUAGUACUGCUACUAUUGUCAACGAAAAGGAUACAGUUAUUGUUCCAAAAUCUAAGACUAAGAAGGCUAUUGUUCCAGAGGUCAAGACCGAGACCGAAACUAAAACUGAGACUGAGACCGAAAAGAAACCAGCAGAGAAGAAACCUAACAGUGAUACGAAUGAGUUGAAGUUACAAGUGCUGAAGGAACAAGAAGAGUUGAUCAAACAAGAAGCAGAAGACGCUAAGAAGAGGGCCACAAAGGAAGAACCUGUUGCGGACAAUAUCUCAUUGGAUAAAGACGAUACACCAACAGUACCACCUGUGCCAUUAGAUCAAGCUGCUAAGAACGCCAUCGCCAAGAAAUAA